UGUGAAGAGGAUUAUUUAUAUGAAGUAAAAAAUUCAAACAAAAUUGAUGCUAAAAACAAAUAAACAAGAUAAUAUUAAAAAAUAAAUAUUUAAAACAAAAGUAAAAAAGAAAACAAGUUAAAAUACUUCAAAGAAAUUAUAAGUCACAGUGAAAGAAGAAAACAUAAAAUUUCAAACAAAUAAAAAAAAGAAAACUGUGUUAAUAGUUGUGCGGUGAUACAGAAACUAAAAUAGCCACAGCCUGGGAAUUUCAAAAUUUUACACUGGCUUGCAUUCCUUUUUGCAACAAAACUAUUGACAAAUAUUUUCACAAAUUAAUGCAAUAAACAACUAGAAUAGAAAUCGAACCUCCGACAAAGAAAAUGCCUUAUUACGGUCUCUAUAUACCCGUUAAGGGUGGUGCAACAGCAGCAUCAUCAUCGUCGUCGACCAACGGAGCCAACUCAACAAAUUCCACAACGUCUUUGGCCGUUGACUGCGGCAAUGACGUAAAUAAAGACAAUAAUGAGACCGAUGUUUCUGCUUUUGUCUUCCAAAAUAAAAAGGAAGCUUUGCAAGUUUUAAAACAACACAAAGAUGCUCGUUUCAAAGAAUUCCUUAAUGAAGAUGAUGCCAUUAAAUAUGCCCAAACUGGUUAUGAAAUUGUGCAAAAUAAAUACAACGAUGUUAAAACAUCAACAGAAUCCUUGGAAAAGGCCGCAUUUAGAGCACCCACAAAACAACAACUCAUCAAAUUUCGUCAAAUUAUUGAAGUCGACGACUGGGAACUUGUCAAAAAAAUGAUAUGGGAUAAUCCACGCUAUCUAGUUAGUUCGGGUGAUACACCCACAAUUCUCAAAGAGAGUUUUCGUUACAAUGCCAUGCACGUUUGUGCAAUAUCUAAAUGUCCCAAUGUAGCUAAGCUAAUACUCGAUACAGUAUCUGAUCCAAAAUUUGCCGACCUUUUAAUGGGCAAGAAAAACGAUGAGAAAGCAUGCAAAGAAUUGUGUGCUAAUCUCUUAGAUUAUUAUCUAAAUAUACCAGAAAAGGGUAGAAGUGAGACACCGUUGCAUUUAGCCUCUAAAUUUGGUUGUCCCGAAAUGGUGGAAGUGCUAACUUCAUAUCCAGAAUGUAAAAAUUUACCCAAUGAUCAAGGUUUAAUGCCGAAAAAUAUUAUUUGCGAUCGUGGCAAUGAAAAUUUUCGUGGAAAAAUUGAAAAACUUUUUGAGGAACGUUAUUAUGUGCCGGUAUUACGUUGUAAUGAUAGUGCUAUACCAGCACAAAUUGGUGAACCAUUUGCGGCUAAUAACCCACCAAAUCUCAACUGUGAUAAUUUAACACCAGAGGUGGAAAUUAAAGCUUUAGCGGGACCCAUGAGUAAGGAACAAGCUAAGCAAUUUUUCCGUCGUUGGAAGACACCACCUAGACUGGGUAGCAAUAUGUCCUCUCCCAUAGCUAACAAUCCGUAUAUAUCACCCAUGAAACCACGCAACAGUACACCCAUUAAAACACCAAGAGGUGGAAACACCAGUUUCAAUUCACCCACUGCCACUUUACAAAGACGUUCUUUAUUCAAUUCCACGCCACAGCGUAAAGAAUAUAAUGGUGUCAUUGAAUCAAAUGGUUUUGAUAAAUCUUUACUAGACGAUUCAUUCGAUGACAAACAGAAUGGCAAUCAUGAGAAGGAAAACAACGAAAUGGAUGCUUUAGAGAGAACAGAAGAAACUAAUAACAACAAUCAUUUGGGCAAGAUGCCAAAACCUCAAAUGAAUAUGUUAAAAUCGGCCUUAUGCCCCCGCACUCCCUUGUUCAAGCUUAAGAAUAAUGCAUUUUCGAAUUAUCGUGAACAGAAUGUGGGCUCUCCCUUGGUGCACACCAUUGAGCUUGUACAUGAAAUGAAUGAUUCCUUAUUAAAUGUAUCGGAUGUUUACGAUAGCCCUGGUUUUAAGGAACGUCAUGUAAAGAACAGCGAUCCUGAAAAGGGUAUUGAAUGUAUUGGUCGUGUUUUGGCCAAAGAACAAAAUAUAGAAUGGCGUGAGUAUUGGGAUUUUCUAGAAGAGUUCAUAGACAUAGCCUCCGAUAAGGGUGUGCAGAAAUUGGAAAAUUAUUUGGCCCAACGUCAAAGGGAACAGGACCAACGUAAUAAUCGUACACAAUCCACACAAAAGUCUGAUAUACUCGAUGAUGUCCGCAAUGCCUUGGAGAAUUGUUUCAUAAGUAGCAAUUCAACAGCAGCUAACAAUACAAACAAAACGAAUACAUCAACAACACAUCAAUCUACUACACCCUAUACUUAUGUGGAGAAAUCGCUACAGGUGCAUGCUAGACGCAUGACUAAAACCAUUAUACAUAACAUCAAUAAUGAGGUGUCUAUUAUUGAUGCUUUACUUUUGGAAUUGAGAAGAGUUAAAUCGUUAAUUUACUCCUUUAAAGAGGAUGCUAGCUAUAUAAAUGUUAAUUUUGAAAAGGUUCAUUCACGCAUAGGUAAUUUGGUGUCCAUGUUUUUGGAAAAUUCACAAGAGGUGACACGGCAAAUGAAAGAGAAAAUCUUGAUUAUAUUACAAAAUCUCUCCACGGCUCAAGGUGAGCGGCGUGAGCAUAUGGAAUGUGUUUGUUCGCGUAUUUUUUAUAUGCUGCAAAAUCCAACUGAACAAGUGCUACCAGAAAACGUUAAAACCGAAGAUAUGUGCUCGAAAAUUUGGUCUCAAGAAAAAGACUGUGACUGCCAGUGGGAGAGUAAUUUAAGUCGUAAAACUAGCCGUCGCAAUCGCAUGGAGGCGCGCUAUAAAAAUCAUCAACGUCUUAAGCAACAGGAAAAAGUACAAAAAGAUGUGGAUAAUCAAAUGGCCGAUCUAAAAGGUGAUUGGCGUAACACUACGGCAGCCUCAAAUGAUUCCUCGGAUGAGGAGGAAUUUUGGUCUGAUUUUGGUGGUUCUGAUACUGAAGAAGAUGAAGUAUAUGUAACGCCUUGUGAAAGUCCUUCACGUUUAAGUUUAUCCGAUGAUACAGAUGAUGAAUGUAAUAAAAUAUUUAUUUAUGGCAAUGAACCCACAAAACGAGAUUUGGAUGUAUUAAAUGCUAUUUUCCAUAUAACUAUUGAUAAGACUAAAUAUCCCAAUAUUCAUUCCUGGAAAUCCACCAUAAUGCGUUAUCCCAAUGAGGAGAAGGAUUUUUUUCCCUCACCAAGAAUUGUUAAAAAAUCUCAUUCAUUUGUGGCCACCAGUGGAAACAAAAAAGACUACUAUGUACAACCACAAACACCAACAUCAAUGCAAAGAUCCUAUUCCAUUGUACGUUCGAAUACAAGUUCUUUAAUACUACACUCACCCAGACAGCAAUCGCCUUUGGCUACAUCAGCAGCUUCAUUAUCAACAUCAACUGGUGGUGGUGGUGGUGGAGGAAUACUUAAAGAACCCAUUUUACAACUGCCCACAGCAAAACGUUUAUUUAUGUCACCAGGGCGACCAAAAACAAUGACUGCCAUCUCAUUAGCUAAUAAUACCAAUAUGAAUAUUACUACAGCUUCAGCUACAACUACAACAGCUACUAAUGCUACAAAUCCUAUAAAUGUGGUCAGCAUGAAAUUACCCAUACAACAGCAUAUGCAAAAACCAGUUACGCCUCUCAAUAAGUUACGUGGCCUUUUUAGUGCCUACCGUGAAUGCCUAGAUAGUAGUCCGCUUUCAACUUCAUCGACAUCACCCUAAAAAUUUUUGGAUACGAUCCCUAACAAUCUCAGUCUCAGAAUGAAAUUCUCUGCAACCAAGCAAUUUUUCCACUGAGAUUUAAACACUUACAUAUUUAUGUUAAUUUUUAAAUACCCCAUUUUUAAUUAAGUUUUUUGUUUUAGUUUUUGUUUCAACUUUUACAUUUUUAUAUUCAGUUUUUUUUUAUUGGCAAUUAUUUUUAAUUUGUUCUUUUCAAUACUUUUUAAACAAACAUCAUUUACUUUAAGUGAUUGUUUUCCAACUCCAUGUGCUUAAAUAAAAUGAAUUUAAUAAUUCUUCCCUUUUA